AUGGUCCUACUCCUUCUCCGGAAAAGAUCAACUCAAAGACCUUGUCGUCAUCUCUGAGCAGGAUUCCAAAAAAACUUGCUCGUGCUGUCUCUAUUUCGUCCUCCCAAUCUGCUUCCGUCUCGACAAUGCUGCGAAGGAGCUCUGUUGUCGGCACGCGUUCUUUUUGCAAAACAUCCGCCGCUGAUGUCGCUUCUACUGCUGCUGCUGCUGUUUCCGCUACGACGACCGACAUAACAGACAGUUUUGACGAGGCGCAUGUUGUAGCCAAAGAGCAUGCGUUUAAAACACAGUGGACCAUGUUUAAAUGUAAGGGCAUGUUCAAUCUCCAUGUUGUCAGCGUGCCCGCGAGUGUGUCUUCCCUCAACCACAAGGACGCAUUCUUGUUCUACCCGUGUUUAUUUCGCCGGAUCGGUGCUAGCUUGUUUGCCAGGCACGCACCAGUCCCGAUAGCAUGCGAUGACUGGGCGCCAGCUAACGAUAGCCUACAUAAAGAAAGUAUCCACAAUCACAUACCUCUGGGGACACUGCUAGAUCAAGAAUACAAUCAGCGAAAAUCCAUAUGCUCCCUGGCAGCGCGAGUAGUCUAUGUCUGGAUUGGUGCGCAUGCAUCGGCCAUCAAGCGGGAUGCAAUCACUAGAGUUGCCAUGGAGAUUCGCGACAAGGAGCUUGUAGGAAAAGCUGCGGUGGUGGUUAUUGACGAGUCGACCACCGCAGACAGCGCACGCAGAAAAUUCUUUGCCCAGCUGCACGCCGCCGAGCACAACGGCGGGGCACUGCUGCCAGGUGAAAUGUCAACAAUAUAUAGCCAACUCACGCCACUGAGCAAGGCGGGCGAUGACAUUGACUUUGAGCGUGCGCUGGAGCGUCGCAAGGUUAUUUAUGGAUUCUGGGAGUCUGUACCGCCAGCUACAAUCCUCUCUGUUGGCGCUGAUAUCAACGCAGCCAUGCUCCUUAAGGUGCCAAAGGGUGGAGUGGUGGUACUGGACACCUGGUCCGACGUGUUUGUCUGGUGGCGUGACGAGCCCGGCAACGUAUCUGUUCGCAAGUGUGCAAUCAACUUUGCCAACAUUUUGGUUCAAGAUGCGUGCAUCCCCCCGCGGCCAAAGUCAGCAACAGUUUGGCAUGAGCUUCGCGGAUUUGAGCACGUCAUUUUCAAAACAAAGUUUUCAGACUGGCCGUUCGUGUUUGCUGACUCGAUGGCAUCCUCCACAAAGUCUGCCCGCCGCUUCGUACCGCCAGCAAACACAACUAUGCCGCCAUUUGCUCUGCCCGUACGCUCAGUGUCUCGUCUGAUAAGUGCUUCUUCUAUUCCCGCUGGCUAACCUUGGAUGUCUAUACGCGCAACAUUUUAAUAUACAUA